CUCUCUCACAGAUAUACACCUACACCUACACAUAUAUCUGUAGCCCAUCUAGAUAUGGAAGGGAAAAAAAUGCCAAGGUGAAGAGUAGGAGUUACCAGAAGCAUUGGCAUGAACAUAUCUGGCCAGUUGUGUUCAGGAGUUUGCAGAUAGUAUCUUGUGACACUUGGAGGCUCCCCAUUAAUUGCCUUUGUCUCAGCUUUCCCAAAAUAUGUUUCACAAUGGAAAUAAUUAACACCCUUAUCACUUUUGUCUCACUCAUCUUACUGAAGCAUAAGCCAAAUAAAUAAAUGAAUGUGGAGGGAGAGAACAGAAUGACAUGUAUUCCCAAUCCUAAUGUGGAGGCAUUAACUCAAGGGGUACUUUCCAUGGCUUCUUGUAUUUGGCUUUGUGUGACUUCCUUCUUUAGGUAGGAAUUCUUUAAUUUCUAAAAUGUCAGACACACUCAAAAUGAAAUGCUAACAAGGAUAAAAUGCAUUUUUGAGUUAUCUGCUGUCUUUAGAAUAUGUGCUCUUCUGUUCUUUGCUAUGGCUAAUAUCUGAGUGUUGACUAUAUGGCCAUAAGAUUUCAAUAUUUAACAGAUUUAUCAGUCUUUGAGUUCUUUAAUUAGAAUCACUUAUAAGGUAUAUUUAGUACUGAAGAGCAGAAUGAGUUUUUUUUUUUUUUAAAUCAUGAUACAAUUUUGUAUUAUGGUGGUCAGGCAGCUGAACUAUAGUCAUUUAAUUGGCCAUUUUAUAAGAAAUGGUUUAAGACUACAUUGUCGAAUAAUUUUUUAACAAUCUGACAUAUUGGAAACAACAUCGACCAAUAACUAACCUAUUAAACUGGUUCCUCCUCUAGCAAAUGGGGAGGGCAGAUCAUGUGGCAAAAGAAAGGCACAGUUGUAAAAUUCUCCUUGUAACAUGAAGAUAUUCCUAUGGAAAAUACUACUGCUGCUUAAAGAUUUUUUGAAACCUACACUCAUGGUUGAAAGCCCUAUGUCGUAUUACUUUAUUAUAAUAAAUAUGUAAGAUGACAGGAGAUAGAUGUAUAACCUAUAGAUAUUUUGUAUAUUCUUCACUUGAACAAAACACAUUUAUUGUAAAAGUUAACUUUAAAUUCUAUAACCCAAUUAUGUUCAGUUAACUUAUGUUAAAAUCAUCUAUAUAUUCCAACAGCGAAAAAGUGCCCAGUAAAUCAGACUUUGUAGAUAAAAUAAAAGUCUGCCCUGCCCCAUGGUGCAAUGGGCAGGUUAAUUUAGCAGCAAGGUUUUAUGUACAGGGACCUGCAGCAGUUACUCUUCAGCAUCAGUUGUACAACAUUGACAUUGUCAUCAUGUUCUCUGCUCCCCUUCUACAGCACUGACCAUUUGUAUUGCUCUCUAAACAUAUAUCACCCAGAAUUUGGUUUUUCUCCCUUUUUCAUUAUGUUUAAUAGUUUGAUUAUAGUAUCAUGCUUGGCCAGUAGGUGUCACUUGUAGCCUGAUUUAUCCUCAAGAUUCCUUUAAAUGUAAGCUUUGGAUUAAAUUAUUCACAGCCAAUUAUUGGAUUAAGUUGUAUACAACCAAUUCCCAACUUUAGAAAGCUACAUAUUUAAAAAUCAAGUGUGUCUUGAUCACUUAAAAUGAGGAAUAGAUGUAUAAUUCUACACAGUGUAUGUGAAGUGUGUAGGGAGCAACAUUGGCUCCUAGAGGUCUGCAUUUUAACAUAUAUAGAUAGGAUGCCAAUUAUAACAUCCUAUGACCUAGAAACAACCUUAUCUGCUGCAUGCCGGGGAUCAUCUUCUUAAGGCGUGAUGGGAGGGAACUCACUCUAGAGCAUUGAAAGUAUUGUCAACAUGGCAGCUGAGGUGCUUUCUUUGCUGGGAAAAGCUGGGAAGAGACUGGCAGAAUGGCGGCUUCAGGAGUUAAUACCUCUCCAGGUGUACUUUAUUGUCGGCUUCCAAAGAUUACUAACUUUUAUCUGUAUCACUAAGAUUGAACUGCCUUGGCUCUACUGCUAUUCUUACUGCUGCUUCCGUUAUUGCCUUCUUCAGCAAAAUAAGGCUUUCAAAAACCAAAGAAUAACAAGAAAUAAGCACCAUUUUAGAAGCCUUUCCACUAUGAAACUUAAGCUAAAUGUGCUCACCAUUAUUUUGCUGCCUGUCCACUUGUUAAUAACAAUAUACAGUGCCCUUAUAUUUAUUCCAUGGUAUUUUCUUACCAAUGCCAAGAAGAAAAACGCUAUGGCAAAGAGAAUAAAAGCUAAGCCCACUUCAGACAAACCCGGAAGUCCAUAUCGCUCUGUCACACACUUCGACUCGCUAGCUGUAAUAGACAUCCCUGGAGCAGAUACUCUGGAUAAAUUGUUUGACCAUGCUGUAUCCAAGUUUGGGAAAAAGGACAGCCUUGGGACCAGGGAAAUCCUAAGUGAAGAAAAUGAAAUGCAGCCAAAUGGAAAAGUUUUUAAGAAGUUAAUUCUUGGGAAUUAUAAAUGGAUGAACUAUCUUGAAGUGAACCUCAGAGUGAACAACUUUGGUAGUGGACUCACUGCACUGGGACUAAAACCAAAGAACACGAUUGCCAUCUUCUGUGAGACCAGGGCUGAAUGGAUGAUUGCAGCACAGACCUGCUUUAAGUACAACUUUCCUCUUGUGACUUUAUAUGCCACACUUGGCAAAGAAGCAGUAGUUCAUGGGCUAAAUGAAUCUGAGGCUUCCUAUCUGAUUACUAGUGUCGAACUUCUGGAAAGUAAACUUAAGACUGCAUUGUUAGAUAUCAAUUGUGUUAAGCAUAUCAUUUAUGUGGACAAUAAGACUAUCAAUAAAGCAGAGUACCCUGAAGGAUUUGAGAUUCACAGCAUGCAAUCAGUAGAAGAGUUGGGAUCCAACCCAGAAAACUUGAACAUUCCUCCAAGUAGACCAACACCUUCAGACAUGGCCAUUGUUAUGUAUACUAGUGGUUCUACUGGCCGACCUAAGGGAGUGAUGAUGCAUCAUAGCAAUUUGAUAGCUGGAAUGACGGGCCAAUGUGAAAGAAUACCUGGACUGGGACCAAAGGACACAUAUAUUGGCUACUUGCCUUUGGCUCAUGUGCUAGAAUUGACAGCAGAGAUAUCUUGCUUUACCUAUGGCUGCAGGAUUGGAUAUUCUUCUCCGCUUACACUCUCUGACCAGUCCAGCAAAAUUAAAAAAGGAAGCAAAGGAGACUGUACUGUACUGAAGCCCACACUUAUGGCUGCUGUUCCGGAAAUCAUGGAUAGAAUUUAUAAGAAUGUUAUGAGCAAAGUCCAAGAGAUGAAUUAUAUUCAGAAAACUCUGUUCAAGAUAGGGUAUGAUUACAAAUUGGAACAGAUCAAAAAAGGAUAUGAUGCACCUCUUUGCAAUCUGUUACUGUUUAAAAAGGUGAAGGCUCUGCUGGGAGGUAAUGUCCGCAUGAUGCUCUCUGGAGGGGCCCCGCUAUCUCCUCAGACACACCGAUUCAUGAAUGUCUGCUUCUGCUGCCCAGUUGCCCAGGGUUAUGGACUGACAGAAUCAUGUGGUGCUGGGACAGUUACUGAAGUAACUGACUAUACUACUGGCAGAGUUGGAGCCCCUCUUAUUUGCUGUGAGAUUAAGCUAAAAGACUGGCAGGAAGGCGGUUAUACAAUUAAUGACAAGCCAAACCCCAGAGGCGAAAUCGUAAUUGGUGGACAGAACAUCUCCAUGGGAUAUUUUAAAAAUGAAGAGAAAACAGCAGAGGAUUAUUCUGUGGAUGAAAAUGGACAAAGAUGGUUUUGCACUGGUGAUAUUGGAGAAUUCCAUCCCGAUGGAUGUUUACAGAUUAUAGAUCGUAAGAAAGAUCUAGUGAAGUUACAAGCAGGAGAAUAUGUAUCGCUUGGGAAAGUGGAAGCUGCACUGAAGAAUUGUCCACUUAUUGACAACAUCUGUGCUUUCGCCAAAAGUGACCAGUCCUAUGUGAUCAGUUUUGUGGUUCCUAAUCAGAAAAGGUUGACACUUUUGGCACAACAGAAAGGUAUAGAAGGAACUUGGGUUGAUAUCUGCAAUAAUCCUGCUAUGGAAGCUGAAAUACUGAAAGAAAUUCGAGAAGCUGCAAAUGCCAUGAAUUUGGAGCGAUUUGAAAUUCCAAUCAAGGUUCGAUUAAGUCCGGAGCCAUGGACCCCUGAAACCGGUUUGGUAACAGAUGCUUUCAAACUGAAAAGGAAGGAGCUGAAGAACCAUUACCUCAAAGACAUUGAACGAAUGUAUGGGGGCAAAUAAAAUGUUGCUCUUUUAUUGACACUUGUGCAGGAGGUAGCCUGGUGGUUUUUCACUUCUAGAGUUUUAAGCCUUUGUUGAGCUGUCUGUUAGAAAGCAAGGUAUAUUAUUCUAAAGAUACAGUAAAAAGAAAACAAAACCAAAAGUGAUUAAAGUUGUUGUCCAAUUUACUUUAACUUAGUUUUGCAUAGUUCUAGUGCAACUGAAAUUGAAAAGUUAUUUCCCUUUAGCUGUGUUAUUAUAGAGCAGAAAUUCUGUUUUUAAAAAUUAGCCUAAGAUAUAUUUGUUUUUGUAAAGAAAAAUAUUUACCGUUGAACAAAAUAAAUUGGAGUUGGAGUAGAAUGUAGUUUGAGGAAAUUUGCAGCUUCUAAUGCCUCUUGUCUUCCUAUUUCAGAAGGAGUUUAAAUAUUAAGCAUGACAGAAAAUAUGUAUUAACACUACUCAAAGCAAAAGUGCUGCAGAGCUUGAAAAUUCUCUUCCAACUAUUUAUCUUGAAGGAAGAAUUCAAUAGUAAUAUAAUACACAAAAUCAAAUAAUACCUUAGAAGGUAUUAAGAUUAUAAUUGUUGCAUAGGUUAGAUAUAGAGUCAUUGUAACAUUGUGAAUAAUUACAGUGCCUAAAGUAAGAAUAAAACAACAUAUACAACACCAAAAAAUAUCUAGUAAUAUAUUUAAAGGGAAAUUGAGCUGCUCUUUUGAAACUUUGAGUUCUAAAAAUAACUGUAAUUAUUUGAAUGACUUAAGAGGAAAGUACAUUUUGUAAAAUGCUGAAAAUUAUCUUUUUAUGUUUAUUCAAACUGAAAAGCUGAGACCAAGAGCAAAAAGAUAGGAAAGUAAUAAAAAUUUAACAGGCAAACAUUUUCUCUUAGAAAAGAGAUAAAAUCAUAAGUAUUUGGAAUUAGAACUCUUACACAUCACUGAACAUGGGAAAGAGAUUUAAACUCUGAAUUUAUCUUUGAUAACAGGGAUUGAUUUUAAAAUGUACUUGUAUUAAAUUACAUUUGUAAUUUAAGGUCUGUUUGCUGUUGCUGAUUUGAUUGUUGGUCAGUAGUUUGCAUUUCAGAAAGCCUUUCAUUUUGCUUUAAUUUUAGCAAAGCGGGUUAUAAUGAAUAACUUCCCCAAUAUCUUGCUCAAACUUACAGGUGAUUAACUUGGAUGAGUUUUGUGAAGUUAAAGGGAAGAACACUGUUAUCAUUUUUUCCUGUUUGGAAAGAGUUUAGAAACUGGAAAUAGUAGAAUUGGGAUAAGGGCAGAGUUACUUGAUAAGGCACUGAUGUUUGUGCAGUAACUUGGAGUGUGGUUUCUUUUUGAAUCUUUAAUGACAACCUGGGAUUAUAUAUCCCUGAUAGAUAUUCACACUUGAAACAUAGUUACUGUAAAAUGCAAAAAUUCUUAAUACUGUUAUUCUUUGCACUUUUUCUUAAUCAUUUUAUAUAUAUGCAUAUAUAUAUAUAUAUGUUGCUUACGUUCUUUUGUACAGAUGUGAACCACCAUUGCAACAAAAUAAAUUCUUUUUGCUCUAAAAUAUUUAUAAAGAAAAUACUUAAGUGUUAUAUAUGUGGUGGUAAUAAGGGAAAAAUCAAGUAUUAUAAACAAGAAUGAAGGUUUUUAUAAAGAUUUCUGUUGAGUGUUUUGCAAGUUAAAAUUCUAGGAAAGUUUUCCCUGAAGUUAUGUGUAUGUGAGAAUUCUCAUUCCUCCCAACUUGGCUUUGAAGAGUGAAAAACCGUUAUCAGGCAGACUAUUAUUCCGCUUCUAUUCCUGCCCUGCUGUGUAUCCCUUAAGAAUGAGUUUCUUGGACUUUUCCAAUAUGUGAUUUUUCCCCCCAUUUAGAAUGGUGAUUUUAAGGUGUGAGUGCAUGCACUAUCUUAUCUCAGAUAUUUGCACCCCCAAUCCGCCCCCAUCUCCCGAAAGCUAGAACACUGCCAACUGAUCUGUUAUAUAGGUCCUUUAGAAACACAUAAUUAACACUUAAGGUUGGGUGCUGCUAAUUCUUUGCGAAAAUCCAAAUAUUAAGGGACCAGGGAGAUGCCACUACCCCUUGAUUUUCCAUAUAAAAAUAUACAUGUUUAUGUAAACAAAUCUUUCCAUAUUCAUAGUGACUUUUCAAGUACUUGAGCCUAAAGAUUUUGAUCUCACAUUUUUAUAACUGUUUAAAUUGUCACAAUUAUUACAUACAUGUCAGCCAUCAACUAAAGUUGUACUUCAAAAAUUUACAACAGUAUGUGCAUUUCUAAGUCAAACACUUGUGACUUUUGCUUUAAUUCCAUGAAUGUUCCUGCCUCCUUGAUAUCUGUAUUUAUUCUUUUUUUGUCUAGAGUGGAGGAAUAAUUGUGUGACAUUUCAGAAAUAUGGAUAAAUGAUUCAAAAAGUCAUAGUUAAGGAGAAUAAUAUUUCUUUGAUCGUGAAUAACUGAUUAGUAAUUCUUGCGUAUAUUUUCCUGAUAGCAUAUGACAAAUGUUUCUAAGGUAACAAGAUGAGAACAGAUAAAGAUUGUGUGGUGUUUUGGAUUCGGAGAGAAAUAUUUUAAUUUUUAAAUGCAGUUACAAAUUAUGAUGUAUUCAUUUUUGUACUUUCUGUUAAAAUGCAUGAUUAUAGAAUUGUUUAGAUUUUGUGUUUAUUCUUGAUGAAAAGCUUUGUUUGUUCUUAAGUUUGCACUCAAAUCUUAAGAAAUAAAUUCACCCAUGUUAUCAAGCCAAUUUGAACUUCAUUAUGCAUUGAGAUAAAAUCUGCAGGCUUGAAGAUUAUUAACCAAACUUUUAAACACAUAAUUUUAAAGUACUCAUCUCUGGGUUUAUGGAAUUGCAUUAAGGAUUUAAACCAGCUUGUAUAGUCCCAUUUGUAAUAUUGAUAUUUUGGAACAAAACAUAUUCAUGUUGUGUGGAUUAUUAGUAGGUGCUACCAAAUUAUAACUGUUGCUUUUAGGCUAAUUAAUAUUUUAGAGAGAAAUUGAUUUCAGUUAUAUCAGGGUGUGUAUAAAAUGGCAUUAAAAGCUCUAUUUCCUGGCUUUG